UACCACUGCAUCUUAAGCUGAAGAGUAGAGUAGAUAAAAGAAAGACGAGGAGGGGAUGGCAACGGCAUUAGUGAAGACUAGCAGCACCUCUUCCUUCGCUUCCGUGAUUUUGAACCUAUCAACCUUCACUUAAACGACCAUGGCAAUGUGCUCUAGCUUCUGCCCUCAGAUUCCCAUCCAUCUGAAACGAAGAAGAUUUCCCACUAAACCCUUCUUAUCCGUUUGUACCAAGGUUUUUUCUUCUCAGACUUCGAAUGCAACAUCGAGAGUGAUUGAACAUCCAGCACAUGUUGGCUUCCUGGGUCUUGGAAUCAUGGGUUCUCCAAUGGCACAAAACCUUAUAAAAGCUGGAUGGGAUAUCACAGUCUGGAAUAGGACAAAGAGCAAGUGCGAUCCUCUCAUCAGUUUGGGGGCAAAAUAUAAAUCAUCUCCCGAGGAAGUUGCUGCAUCUUGUGAUGUCACAUUUGCGAUGCUUGCUGAUCCUGAAAGUGCAGUUGAAGUUGCCUGUGGAAAGCAUGGAGCUGCCAAUGGAAUGAGUCCAGGGAAAGGUUAUGUAGAUGUUUCCACAGUUGAUGAUGUCACUGCCAAGUUGAUAAGUAGACAUAUUAGAGCUACUGGGGCAUUAUAUUUAGAGGCUCCAGUUUCAGGCUCAAAAAAGCCUGCAGAAGAUGGGCAGUUAAUAUUUCUAACAGCAGGUGAUAAACCUCUAUAUGAAACUGUAGCUCCACUCUUAGACAUAAUGGGGAAGUCAAGGUUUUACCUUGGGGAUGUUGGAAAUGGAGCUGCAAUGAAACUUGUUGUUAACAUGAUCAUGGGAAGUAUGAUGGCUUCUUUUUCUGAAGGGUUACUUCUUGGUCAGAAAGUAGGACUGGACCCAGGUGUACUAGUUGAGGUAGUCUCACAGGGUGCCAUUAGUGCCCCAAUGUUCUUGACCAAAGGUCCUUCAAUGGUUCAAGCCAUGUAUCCAACUGCAUUUCCUUUGAAGCAUCAGCAAAAGGACCUAAGGCUUGCUUUAGGAUUGGCAGAAUCCGUUUCCCAGUCAACUCCAAUUGCAGCAGCAGCAAAUGAGCUGUACAAGGUAGCAAAAUCUCAAGGCCUCAGUGACGAGGAUUUCUCAGCAGUUAUCGAAGCUUUAAAGACAGAUUGAAAUCCCUCCUUGACAGAAUGAAUUCACUCUCUGUGGUACAUGUUCUUUGCUUACUGUAUGGCAUGUGAUGGAAGUUCAUGUUGUUUUUUGACUAUUCAUAUGGACACUGAAAUUUUUUUUGUACCUUAAUUGGGUUGUUAGUGGAAGGUUAUGUGCA